AUGCAGAAGGCUGCACAGCAGUCUUGGGAGCUCGAAAAUGCCAUCAGUCUCAUAGAUCCCCAAAGAGACGCCCUUUACCAGUACGAUGAAGAAACACACAAAGCCCUUAGCGCGCAGCGCCCAUGGGCCAAAGACCCCCACUAUUUCAAAUCGAUACGGAUCUCAGCCGUCGCGCUACUGAAGAUGGUAAUGCAUGCACGCUCAGGUGGAUCCCUCGAAGUCAUGGGCUUAAUGCAAGGCUACAUCCUGCCAGAAACCUUUGUCGUAACCGAUGCAUUUCGCCUCCCUGUCGAAGGGACAGAGACUCGAGUGAACGCCCAAGACGAAGCAAACGAAUACAUGGUGUCUUAUCUCCAGGCAUGUCGGGAUGCGGGACGGAUGGAAAAUGCAGUCGGCUGGUAUCACAGUCACCCCGGGUAUGGUUGCUGGUUAUCAGGGAUCGAUGUCACCACGCAGGAUAUGCAGCAGCUCGGCGGGCCGUUUGUUGCCGUGGUCAUUGAUCCAGAGCGUACCAUUUCCGCGGGGAAGGUAGAUAUCGGAGCGUUUAGAACGUUCCCUAAGGAUUACACGCCACCCAAAGAAGAGCAAGAGGAUGAUGAGUACCAGACGGUACCGCUUAACAAAGCGGAGGACUUUGGAGCACAUGCAUCCCAUUACUAUUCACUUGAGGUAUCACAUUUUAAGAGCGUUCUUGAUACCGAGAUUCUGUCACUUCUGUGGAACAAAUACUGGGUCGCUACCCUCAGUCAGAGCCCUCUGUUUACCACCCGUGAUUAUGGUAGCAAACAGAUGAUGGAUCUUAGCCAGAAAGUUAGACGGGCCGCUCGCGGCAUUGAAAGCAAUCCCUCACGGAGCGGACCCACUACUGUCAAAGAUCAACAAUUGGAAAAGGUUGUGCGAGAUGGGCAGCGAAUUGUAUCGGAGGAAGUCAAGGGUCUCUUGGCAGCUGAAGUUAAAAUGAAGCUCUUCCAAGGCAUCGGAGAGAACAGCAAGGCAGAAACAUAA